AUGGAUUCGCUGACCUCUUACGAUAGCGACGAUGGCGCUCCGCCCGGUGACACGGCGCCUACCACACUCACGCCCGCGCCAUCAGCAGGGAAGGGGAAACAAGGCUCCAGCGCGACCAAUAGCGCGUACAAAGGGAUCAAUAAUGGACAGCAACCGGGAGGAGACGGUCUAAUUACUAGUAACCCGGUCCACCAGCACUUUUUGGCCUUUGGUAGCGGCCGCUCGACACCGCAGUCCAGUGUGACCCAAAGCUCCGAUCCAUCCUCUACCACCAAUCGCAACCCAUACACCCCUUCAAGCCAAACAGUAAACCAUGGAUCCACAGCCGCACAAGCACCUUCGGCUUCCGAAUCAACCAAAUCGCAACCUACGCCCAGCUUUGCCAACGUCAAUACCAUGGACACCGAGGCCCUAGAAGGAGCCGGCUCUCUGAGCUCUCGGAUUCACGCCUCAUAUCACCGCUCAAACCUAGCGAAGUCCAACGACAUUAGCACGGAGAGGCCGGUGCGCUAUGGCGGCAAGUACAAACCUUCCACGGAGGAGAGCUCCUCCCUUGCCGUGUUGCCGGAUGGUCGCAUGGGUGUGGUGUCGGUUCAAUUUGGGUCUCGCAACAACGCUACUGGGCUCGUGAGUGUUAGCGGCGCAGAUGCCGACGCUGGAGCGGCGAUUACCGAGCCCGAGGUGGUUGCGCGUAAGAUGCAAAGCAUGGAGGCUAACGCCACAGCUCUGAUGAAGAGCCGGCUGAGGGAGCACACUAGGAAUGCACAGGACAUGGUGUUGUUAAACUACCCCGUUGACCACCCGUACCACCAGAGCAUUUCGGUGAUUACGCAGAAGGCCCUCGAGAGCUACAAUAAGGCUAAUAGGAACCCAAUGGCGCCGGAAGCCGAGUCCGUCAGCGGCGUGUUUGUCACUCCCUCCGGCGUCACCGAGAAAACGUAUGUGGACGAGGUCAGCUUUGAUGACCAGUUGCGUGAAGGCGACCGGCAAGUGUCCCUCGCCCACCAAAGUGACGGCGACGCUAAGCGGCGUCGGCGUCUGACUGAAAAGGAGGUUGAAGAAGAGGGAGUGUUCGGACCGUGGCGACCGUACGAAGAGACCGUUCAACCAGCUGCCGAUGUCGCUCCCAAGGAAGAGGGCAAGCCUGAGGAGGAGAAGCCCAAGUUACCGGUGUUCGAGACGAACACGCACAAGAUGGCCCACGUCGGCAUGGCCUUUCCGAGCUGCACCCCUGAUGUUGCUCUAGGCCGUAACGAAAUCGUGGUCGAGGAUGGAAAAUCGGAAACGCGGUACGAUGGCGUGGUCGUCUCGACGUUCCACCGCACGGUCGAUCCGAGUUCGCCCCCCUCACGUCCGUGGGUGCUUCCUCCGAAGAACUUAAAAAUGGUGGACCCUGAAGAAUACAAGUCGUUCCUGCCUAAGAAAGAGGUGUACACGUACACCGGCCACACGAUGGCCGUGCAGGCCAUCAGGUACAUCCCUCGCACCGGGCACUGCCUGCUGUCCGCCUCCAUGGACGGCUUCGUGAAGAUAUGGGACGCGAACAACAAUAGGCGUUGUAUGCGCACCUUCAAGGGCCACUGCAAAGGCGUGCGUGAUAUAGCGUUCGCGAACGCGUAUGGCACCAAGUUUUACAGCUGCGGUUACGACUCCUCGGUUAUCCUGUGGGACACCGAGUACGGCAAGGUGCUUGGCGUCUACGCGCAGGAAGCCCUGCCGUACUGCGUGACCGUCUACCCCAAGGACGAGGGCAUAUUCAUCGUCGGUGGCGCGAAUCGCAAGGCGUGCCAGUAUGACGCCCGUACCGGUAAGGUGUCGCUGGAGUACAGCGCGCACAUGUCGAACGUGAGCACCGCCACCUUCUUCAACGACGACCGCAAGCUGAUGACCACCGGUGACGACCGUCGUAUAGUCAUAUGGGAGUACAACCUGCCGGUGCCCGUGAAGCAGCUGGCGGACCCGUCGAUGCACAGCAUGCCCGCGGUGGUGAUGCACCCGAGCGACAAGUUCAUGCUCGCUCAGGCGAUGAGCAACCAGAUUCUGGUGUACGAGUCGUCCCAUUCGCGCUUCCGCUUCUUCGGCGGCAAGCGGUUCAAGGGCCACAUCUGCAGCGGCUACGCCAUCCGGCCGACGUGUUCGCCUGACGGCCGCUACGUGGCGAGUGGCGACGUGCGCGGCCGUGUCUUUUUGUGGGACUGGAGGACCUGCCGCAACCUGGUGACGCUUCCGGGUCACAAGUCUGUGACCAUGGACUGCCAAUGGCAUCCUCUGCAGCCUUCACGUCUGGCCACGUGCUCUUGGGACGGUACGAUCAAGCUGUGGGACUGA